AUGGUCUUCUUUGCUGCCUUGACGCCCCGUGCAGCUCCAACCUUUGGAAACUUCGUGACCUCCGGGGUUGCCUCCGGAAAGCAACCCAAAGGCAAACGUGUUCCGCCUUUGGUCUCUGAGUACAAGUCCAUCAUCACGGAGCGAACUUAUGGUAUCGCGUGGACCCCAGAAGAGUUCGUCAAACAGGAGUCACCUGCCGACCUUGCCAGGGAACGCACUGCUACGUUGAGGAGGUGGAUGCUUACCUCCGAGGAGGCGGCAUCCCGUGCAGAUCCCUCCGACAUGCCCGACCACUGUGCCGCAGUUCUUGGUAAGAAAUCUAUGAAGGUCUUCAAAUCGCUCUUGACUGAGGCCGAGUACCCGGACACAACCUUGACCAAGGUUUCCGCUGCCUCGCUUACCGUUGAGGAUGUUCGUGCAGCCACUCCCCUUGCCAGGAAGGCCAUCCUUGCCUCUACCAGAGAAGGUUUCGACCGCGAGGUGGCUGAAAGUGUUUACCAGCUUACGAAAGAUGAGCUUGCGAAAGGGUGGCUUAAAGGACCUUUUAAGGAAUCGGACAUCCCCCCGGAUGCCAUAGUCACUAGAAGGUUUGGGAUAGUGCAAUCCUCCACCGAUGCCAAGCUAGGGUCAAUCAAGAAGGUGAGACCAAUCGAUGAUUACACGGAAUCUCUUGCUAAUCUCACAAACAGUGCUAGCGAGACGAUCUGCCCUCACGGGGUGGACGUUGUGGUCGCAGCAUUGUGCCUUCGCAUCAGGCCCGCAAACGCGAACUCUGCUCAUCCAUCGAUGAGGUGUGUAGACUCGAGUCUUCGACAAGUGUAUCACGUGUACACUGACGCUUCCUACGACGAUCAAGGGGGUGGCCUUGGUGGUUUGGUUUACGACUUUAAGGGUCUGUGCCUUGCCUGGUUUAGUGAAGUAGUCACCUCCAAGGACCUUGAGAUCAUCAACCCUGAUGGUAAACUUACCUUGAUCUACGAGCUAGAAACCCUUGCCGCGGUCUUGGGUGCCACCCUAAUCCCUAACCUGCGCCACUGCGACAUUGUGCUCUUCGUUGACAACGAAGCUUCACUGGCGGCUCUCAUCCGAGGACAAUCCGAUUGCCCUUUCGUGCAGUCUCUUCUCUCCCGCCUCUUUCAGGCUGAAGAAGAGCGUGAUCUUGCGAUCUGGUUCGAGCGUGUUCGCAGUGAAAGCAAUCCUGCAGAUGCCCCUUCGCGGGGCGACCACAGUUUUCCCGCCUUUUCCAGGCGGCGCUUCAAUGUGCAAUCCUUGCUGACCGAUCUUUGCGGUUCUCUUCAAGGGGGGGCCUCGCAAGGUGCAGAGUUCCAGAUCGGCGACGCUGCGAAUGUGGAUACCAGCAAAUUGAAAGAUGCCUUCAACCGGAAGGGAGUGCCUGCAGCAUCUUCCGGCGACCACGUGCCCAUUGCAAAUGACACUGACGGAAUGUUGACCGACAGUGACUUGGCAUUACAAGGUACCGUCGAGCUAGGGGGUGUGAAUUGUGAAGAGGAGGAGCACGAGGCUUGGCGCGAGGAACUUUACCGAUCGAAUGGCGUGCCGGCGAUUGCGAUCGCAGAGGCAGAGGCGGCAGAGGCAGUUGGGCUGGGGAUUUGCCUGGGGGUAAUGUCGGCAGUGGCAAGGGCGCCUGGUGAUCGUGAUGCAGUGGCUGUGCCUGUGCGGGCAUCUGCGGAGGCAUCAGCUGGGCCGCUACAGUGCUACAGCUUGACCACAUGA